AUGGGUUUACCACCAUACUUGUUGUCCUUAUCGCUAGCUGCAUGUUUUAAUGGAAAUUUUCAACAAGCAUAUUUGUUGUCUAUAUUGAAUCAGCCAUAUUUGGAAAUACAACAGUUCAUUAAUGAGUCAACAAUAGCACGAUCUGGAAAACCAAUCGAUCCAUUAGUUUUGGAUUUUCUUUGGUCAUUAAUCAAUGUAAUAAAUCCUAUUUCUGGUAUUGUUGGUCAAAUGAUUGCAUAUUUAAUUUGUGAUCGAAUUGGUCGUCGUCGAACUGCUAUCAUUUCAUGUCUUAUUUCUAUUCCUGCAUUACUACUUUCAACGUUGACACAGUUAUGUUUUCCAUACUAUGAAACAUUGGUAGUUGGUCGUUUCCUUUGGGGAACAGCAAAUGGUAUUGCAAUUGUUGUGCAAACCGUUUGGAUUGUAGAAAGUGCGUCAACAAUGCAACGAGGAUUUGUCAAUUCCUGGCAGGAAGUAAUUGCUACAGUCGGUAACUUAUUAACACAGUUAGUUGGAGUACCACUGUCAGCACCCGACAUAUGGCCAUUUAUGUUCGUGGUACCUCUUGCUGUUGCUAUUGUCUCGUUGGUAGUAUUUAUCCUAAUGCAUGAGUCACCGCAGUAUGCGCUAAUGUUCUCUCAUAAUCGACAAGAAGCUGCACUUGCAAUCCGUGCCUAUCAUGGCCUAAAAAGCGAUAUAGAAAUCGAUGAACAAAUAAUAAAAUAUGAGGAGGACGGUCAAAGGAAAGAAGAGCAGGAAAAAGGUGUAGAUAAUAGAAGACAGCCGAAUGGUUUGGAAAUUAUGUUUAUGCCAUGGAAGGCCAAUGAUCCAUCUUCAUCUGUUAUACGAUUUGGAGCUUGGAUCGGAAUUAUGGUCAAGAUUGCUUACGUAUUUACGGGAGCGCGAGUUAUUCGAUCAUUUAAUACAUUUAUUUAUCAUAAUUUGGGCAAAUGGUCAAAAACAUUCUCCCAGUGGGGAUCACUAGCUAAUACAGUUAUCAGAUUACCCCUAUCAGUGAUACCAAUAUUUAUCAUUGAACGUGUUGGACGACGACCGAUGUUGAUCAUAUCUGAAUUCGUUAGCAUAUUAGCUCUCUCAAUGACAAUGGUUUCUGUUGUAGUUGGUGAAACAGCUAAGCUCGGAACAUUAACAGGUGUAUCGAUGGUAUUAUUUGCAACAUCACUUGGUAUUGGUUCCAUAUCGAGAUUUUAUUCAGCUGAAUUGGUACCAAAAAGUAUGAUACUUCGUACAGUUACGAUUCUGUCAUUGAUUGAAUCAUUUACUAAAAUAGUACUAGAUUUUGGAUUCUAUCCACUUGCAACAACUACCGGUGGAUAUUCGAUUUUAAUUUUUAUUCUUCCAUCUAUCAUAUUUCUUAUUCUUAUCAUACUUUAUUGUCCCGAGACUAAGAAACGAUCAGUGAAUGAGAUUCUUAAUGAAAUUGCAUGGAAACAUGAUAUUGAUGUAGAGUUUAAAGUAUAA